UGCUCCGGGCGUCACUCCCGCCUUCCUCCUGCCCAGGGCGGGAGCUGCGAACUGCCGCUGGCGGACGGCCCUCACCCCGGCCCAGGAUGCCUGAAAGUCAAGGGAAGGACACCGAAAGUUGCAUCUGCAGCAAUAGUUCCAGCACUACCAACUUGGUUGCUUGCUUCGGACAGCAUCAAUACACAGCCAGUGAAUAUCAAGCUAUCCAGCAUGCUCUUCGUCAGAGACUGGGUCCAGAAUAUAUCAGCAGUCGGCAAGCUGGAGGAGGACAAAAGGUCUGCUACAUUGAGGGUCACAAGGUAAUCAGUCUGGCCAAUGAGAUGUUUGGCUUCAAUGGCUGGGCUCAUUCAGUCACUCAGCAGAAUGUUGACUUUGUUGACCUCAAUAAUGGCAAGUUCUAUGUGGGGGUCUGUGCAUUUGUGAAAGUUCAGCUUAAGGAUGGGUCGUACCAUGAAGACGUGGGGUAUGGAGUCAGUGAAGGCCUAAAGUCUAAGGCCUUGUCCCUAGAAAAGGCAAGAAAGGAGGCAGUAACAGAUGGACUGAAGAGGGCACUCAAGUGCUUUGGAAAUGCUCUUGGGAACUGCAUCCUAGACAAAGACUACCUACGAGCUGUGAAUAAGCUUCCACGUCAGGUACCUCCUGAGUUAGAUUUGGUCAAAGCUAAAAGACAAGACUACGAGCCUGAAAUAGAGAAAGCAAGAUACAACAGCUGUUUGCAAAGAGAGAACUCAGGAGCGAGGCAACAUUGUGGGAUGGCAUCUGAUUGUAAGCCUGGCCAGCCAGAGGCUGCUGCAGUGACAGAUCAGAAACAGCUAAAUAGUUCCAGGGACAGAAAUACAGACUCUUCAGCUGUUGAAUGUGAUGCCACUUACCAGCGGAAAUUGAGACAAAAGCAGCUACAGCAACAGUUCCGGGAACAGAUGGAGAAAAAGCAUCAGGUUCCUGUAGUUUCUCCCAGCAGCAAACAGGCAAUGCCCAAUCCUCCUGUAAAGCACAGCACUCCAGCAGCAGUACAACAGGAACUAGCAAUAGAAGAGGAGUUCUUUGCAGAUGAUCCUGAACUUUGGGACAUUUCCUUGGAGACCAUUGAUCUGAAGAUAUUGGGUCACAAAAUGGCAGACCCAUCAGCCCAACAAGAGACACCUGAAACACCCAGUGGUUGUCAUCAAAUGACUACUCGUAACAGGACACCCCACAGAAUGAACUAUCACAAAGCUUCUGCUACGCUUGCACAACUGCAGCCAUCUGCUACCAUCAUGAACAGCAACCAGCAUACCUCAGAGUGCAGUCCCCUCAGGAGAAGUCAAAACCUGAAGAAAAGGAGGCUAGAACCCACGUAGGACAUGUGGUGAUAUCCUUACCUCCGUGCUGGAUUCCAUCUGAAGACUGCAACUGGCUGUCUUAAGUCAUGUGAGGAAGUCUAAUGCCUUGGUGGAUUUUCCUGUGUAUUACAGUGAAGCAAUACAGAAGAGCUUAACACAGCCAGCAGGAACUUAAUGUGCUUUUAGGUUAUUACAUGUUUCAAAUGCCUUUUCUAUAAACAAGCAAUCAUUUGUGCUUCUGCAGCACUGGACUUGUGGCUGUACUAGGACAGCUGAUGUGUGUGACACACAAUUUGAAAUGGUAACAGGAUCAAUCUUUAAAAUGAGAGGCAGUUCAAGGUUUCCUUCUUCCUCAGUGCUGCCUCUCAGCACAAAGAAAUGUUCAGUAAUACGGGGAGGGGGGGGGGUUAUGGUCAGACAAAGCCUCGGAUCUGUGGUUGUCCCUUUGGACGAGCUGAGGGCAUGAAGCUGUGGCAGCACAAGAGUCAGAGCCUGUUGCUCUUCCUCAGCUGUAUGUGACUCCGGUGCAGCUGCACAUCUAGCUGUGCCUGUGCAACAGGGCAGCACAGGGGCAGGAACAUGCUGGGACUGCUGCCAAACUUGCACAUAGCAUCUCAGCGUUUGCUUGGAGCCUUUGUAAGAUGAAUGGCAGCAGCAUUUCUGAUUUUAAAUAAACUU